GGUACCGGUAUUCAGUGGACGCGGGUCGGCGGGGGCUGGCACACGGCCGGAGAAGAUGGCCUCUAUCGUCCUUAAAUCCCUCUCCGUGCUGCUGGGGAUCUUCUUCAUCUUCGUCGGCACCACCAAGCUCACGCCCAAGAUCAGCAAGGAGCUACACAAGGACCUGAGGAAGGAGUUUGCGCGCUACAGCAAGGUCUUUCCGCUGGCCCAGACCCUAGAGUUCAAGAUUGCCUCCAAGUGGUACCGCAGGAGUGUCGGGGGCCUGGAGGUGCUGUGCGGGAUAUGCCUCACCUUUAUACCCUCUAAGCGUGUGAAGCAGUUCGCCAACAUUGUCUUAGCCCUCAUGAUGCUGUUCGCCACAUACAAUCACUGGAUGGUGGGCGACAAGUUUGAGAGACUCGCCCCCUCACUGGUCUUCUUCUUCAUGCUAACCUGCCGGCUCAUCGUCGAGUACCAAAUCCACCGGAAGGAGAAGAUGGACAAGGCGGCGGCAGCGGCCAAGAAGUCACCCGCCGCAGCCGCCGAAGGGAAGGACGGAGGAACAGCCGCCAACUCCAUCACUGGCGGCUCCACUUCUACUCUCGUGUCCUCCUCCUCCUCCUCAGUUGCCUCUGCCUCCUCCUCCUCGCCCUCCUCCUCCUCCUCUCAACAUGGACGGUCGAAGAAGGAUGUUUAGUGUGGGUAUGUGGUUCAGUAUUUUUAUUUUCAUUUGUGUGUGUGUGUGUGUGUGUGUGUGUUUUUUCUGUGUGUGUGUGUGUGUAAGUUUUUUUUUGUGUGUGUGUGAGUUUGUGUGUGUAAGUGUUUUUUUUGUGUGUGUGAGUUUGUGUGUGUAUAGAUGUUUAUUUCUUUAUUCUUCUUUAAUUUUCUUUGUUUUAUUGAUUUGCUUGUAUAUGUUAUUUCGUGUGUGUGUGUGUUUUAGUUAGUUUGCCAAUUUUUAUGCUAAUUUGACUUCUAUUUUUUCACUUUUUGUUGGAAUUUAUUGAUAAUUUUGUCUUUCUUGCAUAAUUUCGUUGAUAUGCAUGAAGGAAAUCCGCUGUUAUUUUAAUUUCUAAACUCUCAUUAAUCUUCUUUUUCCUCUUAUUAAUCUUCUUCUUUUUCCUCUUAUUAAUCUUCCUCUUAUUAAUCUUCCUCUUUUUCCUCUUAUUGUUAUUGUACAUACUUAUUUAUUUGUCUAUUUAUUUACUUUUUUAGACGAAAGUUUAUUCCAUCUCAUUUUAUUACCUUUUUUGUUAUCUUUUCUUUCUGCGUCGUAAGAAAAGAAGUGUGUGUGUGUGUGUGUGUGUGUAUCAGUUUCACACACACAAAAAAAGUCAUAAGACAGUCGGUGUAGCAAGCAAUAUAUAUUUUUCAACCCUUUUUAAGUGUGACAACCAUAACCACUACUACUACUACUACUACUACCACUACUACUACUACUACUACUACUACUACUACUACUACUACUACUACUACUACCACUGCUACUUGAUAUUUCUCAUUUUUAUCAUUGUCAUUUUCACAAACUUAACUCACCCUUGAAUCAUUUGGUGUUGUGUGUGUGCGUGUGUGUGUGACCGAAACCUCACUUAACAUACACAACUGAUCUCUUUUUCUAUAUGUUUUUCCUCACUUGAUGUAUUGCUGUAUUAAUGUGUGUGUGUGUGUGUGUAUGUGGGUAUUUUGCGUACAUGUGUGUAUCAUACAUGGCGCCCCACAUCUGAGAGUGUGUGCGUGGAAGGGUGUGUAUCUGAAUACUAUGUGUACGAGAAUAUAUGUGUGUACUGAGAGAUCAUGUGCGUGUGUGUGUGUGUGUGUGUGUGUGUGUGUGUGUGAACUCUGAAACCUACACGUGUACACAUUUUGAAGGUUUACGCUCAUGGGUUUUUGGUCUCCACGUGGUGCAUUUGAAACACCCACGACUAUGUACAUACCGCCUCUGUGUGUGUGUGUGUGUGUGUGUGUGUGUGUGUGUGUGUGUGUGUGUGUGUGUGUGUGUAUUUGCUAACCUUCCCUGCCUCCCUCGCCCCAAUGUUUGUCUCUCUAGGUCAGCGGUUCUCAAUCUAUUUUCAGUGCCGGCACCCUGAACUUAUCUAAACCCUUUUGUGGCUCCCCUCUCACCCACUCCCCCCUCCUCCUCACAUGAAUUAACUUCUUAUACACAAUUGUACCUAUUUAAAUUACUUAUCAUCUAUACUCAAAGCAAAAUUAACAUAUGGUACAGUACAUGCCCAGACGUAAAACUCAUCAGUAGAAUUAGAUUAACCUGAGAGUUAUAAAUGUAGACUAAUGUAAAAAGAAGAAAAAAAAGCCGUGAUUCAAAAUUCAUGAUACUCUUGUGGCACCUAGUUUGAGAACCUCUGCUCUAGGUGUUUGUAGGCGAUAAGAUGACCUUUCGACACACCUUUCUUUCCUUUAUUCUUUCCCUCUUUGCGACUUAAUUGUAAGUAUACGUAACCUUAAACUAACGAAAUACAAGUUACGUGAACCCUACCCUCAAGAUAUGUUACCUCGAUCUCUGUACGUACAGGCAAGAUUACGUCACUUAAACAUCGACCUUAACCUGCGAGAUGUUUGUAUAAGUAACCUCGAUUCACUCGUAUGUCGUAUGUUACUUUGAUCUGUGUGUAUAGAGAAGAUUAUGUCAUUUAAACUAGCAAAAUAUAAGUUACGCCAACCUUACCUACGAGAUGUUUGUAUAAGUAACCUCGAU